CAGUCUGCCAGAUAGCCAGUCACAUCACUUCUACAAUCCUUCUGCUCAGAUUCAAUCUCAAUCUGUUUAGCAGUAUGCCCAUGCUCAUCUUCAUUUAGAGGGUUAAUAUCACCUGUUCACAACCUCGACGUUAACCAAUAUGAGUGAGAAACCGAUCAAGCAGUUCCCUUCCCUUGCGACCAAACUCAGCGCACCGAGCAAGAAAUCCGUCUUUGAACGCCAAAAGGAAGAGGCGGAGGCCAAGCGAACACGAGAAGAUGCAGAGACAAAGGCUGCAUAUGAGGAAUUUGUGAAGAGCUUUGCCGGGGAUGAAGACGAGCAUGACCGACAUGAUGCUGGACCCCGAAGGCGGGUUGGAAAUGCCGGGUUCGGUGCGACCAAAAGACACUUCACACCAGUCCAGAGAAAGUCGAUGAUAGGCAGUGGCCCGGGCAGCUUGGGACCUCCGAGCUCGAUUUCAAAGAAGCGAACCGCAGACGGAUCCUCGAUACCACGGAAUGAAAGAGAUCGACCGAUAUUCGCAUACAAUGAGGAACAUCCACGGCAAACGGCUGUAUCCCGAUUUGCACUUGACGAUGAUGAAGCGGACAUCGUGGAAGAUCAUACCGAAGCGUCGGAGAAAGCAGCAGCCAGGCCAACCCUUCGGAUGAGCAACCUACCACCAGGAAUGACCGGCAUCCUAGUCAAGUCGCUUCUACCUGGUUUACUGCGAGUCGAGAAUGUCCGUAUACAAUCGAACCGUACAACUCAGUCAUUGGACACGGAUAGGAGAUCCGGAGUAGCAAUCGUGACAUUGGCCAAGGACACACCAGCCAGUGACAUUGAUUCCGCCGUCUCCACACUGCAAGGGCGAUAUCUGGGUUGGGGAUAUUAUUUGAGCCUAGGAAGGCAUCUCUCCUCCGCAGCACUAGCACCGGGUCUCCCAGAUUUGAGCAAGAUUUCUGCAAGUCUUCCUUUCGGUGCUAAAGCGAUUAUGCAACCAUCCUUUAACCGAGUUCCUCCCGGGGGUUUGAAGGGUUCAUUCGCACCACCAGAAUCCCUUGGUGGAAGGCAAAAUAUAGUCAAACAAGCUCCAUCACAAAUCAUGGUUGGUCCGCCUUCGGACCUCCAGCAAAUCAAAAUGAUCCACAAAACCGUGGAGGCCAUCAUCAAACAUGGGCCGGAGUUUGAAGCUCUUCUCAUGUCAAGACCCGAUGUUCAGAGGCAAGAGAAAUGGGCUUGGAUUUGGGAUGCUCGAAGUACUGGAGGUGUUUGGUAUCGUUGGAGAUUGUGGAGCAUCAUGACUGGAACCGAUCAUGAGAACCGUGGAGGGCAUGGCCACUCCGGACUCAACGCCGUUUUUGAUGGAGGAGCGCCAUGGAUGGCACCUGAUGCUUCAUUGCGUUUCGAAUUCUCCACCAACUUCGAACAAUUCGUAAGCGAUUCCCUCGACUAUGACUCGUCGGAAGAGGACCAUUCGGAUGAAGAGGAAGUUGCAAAGCAGCGAUCAAAACGCGAGGGUCAGGAUGUAGACAGCUACGAGGAAUCCUAUCUAAAUCCCCUGCAAAAAGCGAAACUCACAUACCUAUUGGCACGGCUUCCUACAUCGACUGGUCGACUUCGAAAGGGAGAUGUCGCCCGGGUGACGGCUUUUGCCAUUUCGAAUGCAUCGGCAGGGAAGGAAGUUGCGGAUUUGAUCGCAGCCAAUGUCGAACGACCAUUUGCAUAUUCCAAGGCGAAUCAAGAACCCGACAUUGAAGGCGGUCCUGAAGAUGACGAACGAUUGAAGUUCGAUCAUAUCUCCAUGGAAGACUCUGAAAAUCGAGGGACGAAAGAUCAAUCGGCAUCAAAACUCAUUGCAUUAUAUGUUGUUUCAGACACCCUUCAAUCUUCCAGCGUGUCGGGUGUUCGGCAUGCUUGGAAAUAUCGUCAAUUAUUCGAGGCGGCACUGACUCAAAGGAAGAUCUUUGAGCGUUUGGGUGAGAUGGAGAAGGUUCUCGGAUGGGGAAGAUUGAAAGCCGAAAAAUGGAAGAGAAGUGUGAUGAAUCUUCUCAAUCUUUGGGAGGGUUGGAGCGUCUUCUCUACUGAAGGACAGGAGAAGUUCGUACAAGCGUUCAAUCAAGCGGCAAAUGCGGAGAAACCCUCGGAGUAUCCUGAAGAGAAGCCAUUAGUGAAGACGGAUCGCUCAAGAUGGAAAGCAGUUGAUGCCGACGAGCCAAGGCAGAAUGAUGCUUCUCCGAAUGCAGAAGCCAAGCCUGGAGAGGGUAGUUCGGGGGACAUAGAUGCAAUGGAUCUGGACGGCGAAGCCAUGGAAGACAAUCUUGAUGGCGAGGCCAUGGACGAUCUAGAUGGUGAAGUAAUGGACGAAGAGUUGGACGGUGAAGAAAUGGAUGAAGACGUCGAUGGGGUGCCGGUAGGGACCGAGCCGGACGCUGGAGUAUCUGAACCGCCAGAACUCAGUAAAACCUCACAACAGGUGAACGAGACAAAGGCACGACCAGUGCGUCCACGAGCAGUCGACAUGUUCGCUGACUCGGACUCGGAUAAGUAACGUAGGAUACGAAGAUGAAAUGCUAUCAGUUGAUUUUGUCAACAGUCCUUCGACAUUUUCAACCCUCGGAGGUAUCACAGCCCUGCAAGUGCAGCACAAUAUGCCAAAUACCAAGUCCUUGA